AGAGAAGCAAUACCGUCAACAGAAAGGUUAAUGUUAACCCUACGAUAUUUAGCUACUGGUGACUCGUAUACAAGUUUAAUGUAUACUUUUAAAAUUUCAAAACAACUCAUUUCAAGGAUAAUACCAGAGGUUUGCUCUGCUAUAAUUGAGACGCUUCAAGAAUACGUUAAGAUGCCUACAACUGAAAACGAAUGGCGAUAUGUUGCGGAAAUGUUUGAAGCUCUAUGGAAUUUUCCUCACUGCCUUGGUGCCAUAGAUGGCAGACACUGCGUACUUCAGGCACCCAUACACAGUGGCAGCGACUAUUUCAAUUAUAAAGGAAAUUUUAGUAUAGUUUUGUUGGGAGUUGCUGAUCCAAAUUAUUGCUUUUUGUUUGCUGAUGUUGGCUGCCAAGGUCGGAUUUCAGAUGGAGGUGUGCUAAAAAACUCUAUAUUUUGGAAAAAACUGCAAAACAAUGAGCUCCAUUUACCACCUGAUGACAUUCUACCUAAUAGACAUGUGAAAGUUCCUUAUGUAUUUGUAGGAGAUGAUGCAUUUAGCCUUAGUGAGCAUUUAAUGAAGGGGUAUCCAGUAGAACAAAAAAAAGGUUCUAAGAAACGUAUCUUUAACUAUAGACUUUGUAGAGCCAGGCGUAUUGUUGAUAAUGUUUUCGGCAUCAUGUCAGCUGUUUUUAGAGUUUUGAGAAAAGUGAUACUAGUAUCACCUGAAAAAGCAACUUUGGUAGUUUUAGCAUGUGUCUAUUUACAUAACUUCCUAAGGAAAAGUAAACAUUCUCGCAACACUUAUACUCCAUCAGGAACAUUUGAUGAUGAGAAAGAAGGAAAAAUCAUUCCUGGACAAUGGAGACAGGGAGGCGAAAAUAAAAAUGCAGAGUCCUUUCUUCCAAUACCUAAGAUAGGUCGAAAAAGUUCGGCAAAUUGUGAAGCAAUUAGAAAUGAAUUUGCUACAUAUUUUAUGGGCGAAGGUAGCGUGAGUUGGCAACAUUCACAUGCGUAGAAAUUAGUCGGCUAAUUAUAAUCUUCUGUCUUAUUACUGCCUAUACACUGAGGUCGUACAAAUCUCCCUAUUUUAUUUUAUUUGAUAAAAAAAUAAAUAUUUUGACUUACCUCAGUGUUUUUAGUGUCUUUUGGUAUAAACUUGUCCAUCAAGAAAAGC